AUGUUCUACCCUGACAACGAACGUUUUCCUUACGAGCUCGAAGAUCCCAUCGAUGACUCGGAUACUGAGAAUCCCAGAUGUUACCAAAAAGGCGGAUUCCACCCCAUCCUUCUCGGAGACCGACUCGGUCCUAGGUCCAACGGCCGCUUCCGUGUCGUCAACAAGCUCGGCGCCGGCGGGUACGGCACCGUCUGGCUGUGUCAAGACACCCACUACAAGCCUAGCACCAUCACCAAGUGGCGCGUUGUCAAACUCAUUGCCGCCAAGAAGUCCACACCCAACUGUCCCGAUCUCAAAAUCCUCGACUAUUUCCGUGACGUCGCCCGAUCUACCCUCGACGACUUUGGCAUCUGCCUCCCGCUUGAACAUUUUUGGCUGACCGGCCCCAACGGCCGCCAUCUAGCCCUCGUAUUUCCUUGGCAUGGCUGUACGCUCGGGACCAUUCCCGACUACUACGGCUUCCAUCCGGCCCUGAUCAAAGACAUGGCCUUUGAGCUGGUCGAAUCUCUACGCUUCCUGCACUUGCGCGGCCUUUGUCACGGCGACUUUCGGCCCUCUAACGUCCUCCUUCGCCUACUGCCCGGAGCCGACGAGAUGCCCGAGUCUCAGCUUGAGGAAGUCCUGUCCGAGCCGUAUAAAGCUCGUGUCAUUCGCAUCUCUGACGGCAAAUUUCUUGACGAACUUCCCUCUACCGAGCGACCUGCCAACAUACCCGAGUACAUGGUUGCCCCCGCCACGGUCCCAAUUGCGUGGGGUCUUCACACCCGCCACCCGGUACUCAUCGACCUCGGCGUCUCCUUUCCCUUCUCGCAACCACCCAAGCAAGGAACGACGGGAAUCCCCAUCUCCUUCGCUGCUCCCGAAGACAUCUUCCGAACCUUUGACAACAACUCCCGGCGGCCCCUUCUCGGUCCGGCCGCCGACAUCUGGUCUCUAGCUUGUACCCUCGCCCACCUCCGUGUCGCGCGCAACCCCUUCCAAGUUGACCAGGCCGACCUUUCCUCGGUCGUGGCCCAGUGGGAGGAAUGUCUCUCGCCACUUCCGGAGCCCUACCGCUCCAAGUAUCGUGAGAUUGAGGACAUCGAAACGCCGCUGGACGAAGUGUGGGGCGACACACCCGCAAUCCAGCUUGAUCCUGUCGUCGAUCCUAAAGCCGUGUACGAGGGUCGGGCAGAACGUAGGCUUGCUACGUCCGGAACGCGGAACUGGCUCAAGGCACGCAUGAUGCGAAUGAGGCGAUUGGAGGUGUACCCGGAGGCUGCGAAGAAGAUGCUGAAGGAGGAAAUGCAGUCAGACGCAAAGGUCAAGGAGAGACUGCCUUUCCUUGAGGACAUGGAAGUGCCGAAUGUCUCUAAGGAGGGGAUGGAAGUGACGAUGGAGAAGGAGGAGAUUGAGUUGUUCUGGUCACUCCUGGAGGGAUGUUGGAGGUGGAAACCGGAGGAGAGGGUGAGCAUCGAGGAGGUGGUGAGACAUCCCUGGUUUGAGGGACGGGGGCCGAGAGAGAUUCCGAAGCCGGCUCCGUGGAUGGUGGUGGUCAGGACGAUGUGGUCCUUCUGGGAUUAUGUCAAGUCUGUUUCCCGUGGCCGGGUUCAUUGCGUCAGGGAGCAAGAGUGGUCACUUAUCGUCAUGGGCAGAUUGCCUCCUGUUGUUGCGGCGGCUUGCAGAAGGAUUGGCAAGUUCUUUUUCGCGCUAUUUGGCUCGCUCACCCCAUCUGCCUUGCGCAAGAAGCUUGUUUGGGAUCCGAAGAUGUUCUCCUCCAAUCCUCCAGGCACACCGAGGCAGGCCACAGAAGACGCGGCCGAUUGGGAAACGUGGUGA